AUGACCUCUUUGGGAAAAGGAUUCCCCAUGGUCGACCAGAAUGGAUCACGUGUUAUAUGGACUAUCGAGGCCCGUGAACCAGGCCUGCGGGCCAUUUGUGUUGAGUAUGCACAAGCCGCAGCAUUGUCAACCGCGUCUCGAACUGUCAAAUCUUGUGCUGCCAAUGUGGAUGGCACAGAUGAUGAUAAUUCGGACUAUCGCAUAUUCCGACAUGAAGAAGAUUGGGGCGAAGGUUUGGACGGUGUCCGACAAACAGUGCUUUGUCUUUUGGAUGUCGCGUCUGGUCAAGUUUCUCGUCUGAUUGAUGAGAAAAAGUUACCCGGCCUAGCUCUGUGCAAGCCCGUAUGGUGUCCGGGUCAAACCGGUGUCGUUUUUCUCGGCUCUCCUCUACGAGCCUAUUGUCUGGGCACGAAAUAUUGCAUGCAGAGACCAUGCCAAGUUUACCAUUUCGAUAUUGCUUCCGGUCAGCUGCGCACACUGAGCAGUCCCGAUAAGGCCGCUCGUUGUCCAUCAUUCAGUCCCGAUGGAAAAUGUCUUGUUUGGCUGGAAAGUAGAGUUGGUGGUCCGCAUCAGCAGUGCGACACCCUUCAGGUUCUUCGUUGGCCGGCAGAAAACGGAGCCUUGCCCCGGACUGUUGUACCUAUUAUGGACUACCCGGACGCGGAGUACGCAUUUCCUGGUAAUGAACUUUGUUUGUAUGGUGAUCUACCGGAACGAUGCUGGAGUUCGGAUAGUCGUUAUGUGGUCAUGUCCUCUAUUUGGGGGUUUCAAUCCGUGACGCUGCUUAUUAGAGUCGAUCCGGAGGCUAAAGAAUCCGGGACUGUCUCAACUACGGUGACUCCCUUACUCCCGGCCGAAGGAGCACUAGAAAUAACGGCACCCUAUUCGUUCAAUGUGUGGGUCAUAAUUUCGUCUUCUGGCGGACCGAACAAGACCAGUGCCCAAUUACGACUGUCUGGUGUCGAUCAAUAUCCGUUGGGUGCUGUUGUUCAUGAACAUGUUUCUUAUCAGACUGCUAGUUCCAUGUUGAUCUGUCCGCGAAUCAACUCGCAGAGUAAGGAGUUGGAGACAGUGGACCGUGUUCAGCUGGCCAUUACGACGGCUGCGCCAUUCGGACGAUGUCGUCGGGGCGAGGGUUUGUCGCAUCUGGUUGGAGGCUGGUCUACCCACUACAUGGCCGAACUACUGCAGGUGCUGAAUCACGAGUUACAAGCGCUCUCUUUGACAGAACCGCUCGAUCGACCUGAACGUGUUCGCGGCCUGAUUGUUUUCCCCCACGGCGGACCACAUGGUGCCUUCACGGCGUGUUGGUCUCCGUUGAUUGCUGGGUUUCUCGCUUCCGGUUUUGCUUGUCUACUAAUCAACUAUCGCGGUUCGCUCGGUUACGGUGAUCAGGCACUUCGCUCCAUCCUGGGACACAUAGGAAGGAACGAUGUUGAGGAUUGUGUUACGGCUACCAUGACAGCGAUGAACAAACUUCGCGAACUACUGGGUACAACUGUACCCGCUGUGCUGUUCGGCGGUUCACAUGGCGGUUUCCUUGUGCUUCAUCUCGCCGCUCGCUAUCCGUCUCUAUAUCGGGUGGCGGUAGCCCGGAAUCCGGUCACUCACCUGGUCUCAUUGGCCGAUACAAGUGACAUUCCUGACUGGACUUUUACCGAAGCAGGCUUGCUUCGUGGCCAUGAGGAGUGGCCGCUGUCUCAUAUCACCGAUUUGGACGACUUCAAACAGUUUAGUACCAUGUCUCCUUUGAAUCAACUCAAAUCGGAUUGGUCUGCUCCAUUGUUACUACUGCUUGGAGCCAAAGAUCGUCGGGUGCCGAUGAGUCAGGGUCUCACCUUCUAUCGAAAACUGAAAGCGUUGUGCCCCCACGUCCCAGCUGAAGCAAUAGUUCUUCCAAAUGAUGCGCAUCCCUUGGAAUCCCCGGUGGCCAGUGCGGUGUGCUUCACGUCUUCAGUCACGUGGUUCAUACAACAUUUGGAAUAA